GCUGGGCUGGGAAGUGCUGCUGAAAUGUCAAGAGCUUUGUGGUCGCUGUGUCUGGUCUGUGGCGCUGCAGAGGACCAGUCAGUCUCUGUAAAUGGAUGCGAUACUGAACUACAGGCCGGAGGGCAGCGAGGAUUACUACUCCCUACUCGGCUGCGAUGAGCUCUCCUCGGUUGAGCAAAUCUUGGCAGAAUUUAAGGUCAGAGCUCUGGAAUGCCACCCUGACAAGCAUCCAGAAGACUCCAAAGCUGUGGAGACGUUUCAGAAGUUGCAGAAGGCCAAGGAGGUUCUGACCAAUGCAGAGAGCCGCGCCCGCUACGACCAUUGGCGGAGGAGUCAGAUGUCCAUGCCGUUCGAGCAGUGGGACGCUUUGGCCGACUCCGUGAAAACCUCAAUGCACUGGGCUGUCAGAAGCAAGAAAGAUUUGAUGUUGGAAGGAACUGACCAGACUUCUACCAACACUGUUCAAAACAAGGAAUGGGAUGAACAGAGAGAAACAAAGAAAGGAGAACCAGGUUCAACCCGAGAGGAAAUGAGGGCAAAGGAACCUGGGUCCCCAGAGGAGGCCAUUUCCCCACAAAACUCAGGAUCUCCAGGUCUCUCAGAUUUGAACUAUGGCCGCCUUCGUUUCCGCUGGUCUGGCGACGCUCCCUCAGAACUCCUGCGGAAGUUCAGAAACUACGAAAUCUAAAGAAAUCACAGCUGCUCUGUGAGGGGGCCAGGCAGCCGACUUUGCUGCUCCCAUGCAGUUUCUGUUCAUGGCUUAAAAACGUGUGUGUGAGUGGCUCAGGACAAUCAUUCUUGGGCAUGCUUCGUUUUACUUUGGGUUUAGGAUUGAUCCCAGGACCUCCUGCAUACUCUAUGUCAUCGGCUCUUGCCUCACGCCCCUCAACAUGUUAACUGAGGAAAUUGUUCUAAAUCUAGUUUUCUUCAAUAUUUUCAGUAAACUAUGGCUCUUAGAGCCAUGUGGUUUGUA